AUCGAAAGAGGCUGAGAAGGACUCUUCUACUUCGUCGCUCCUCAGGAAAAAAUCGAAACUAAGACGACUGAGUGAGGUUAAGAGCAUCAUCGGAUACAGGCAAAAUCUGCAUCUGAUUAGAUUGGAGUGUCGGAAAGACGAAGAAGAGGGACGCCGUUUGAUUCUUGUAUAGAUCCACCCAAAGAGAUUUUGACUGCCUGAUGAUUUUGACCAGAAACAACUCAUUAGUUUCGCUUCAACGUUUAUAUCUCUUAGCCUGAUGGAAGCAGACGACGGUGGCAACAACUCUGGUCAUGCUUCCAAACAACGUUUGCGUUGGACGCACGAGCUACACGAACGCUUCGUUGAUGCCGUGGCUCAACUUGGCGGCCCUGACAGAGCUACACCUAAAGGUGUUCUUAGAGUGAUGGGUGUACAAGGGUUAACUAUAUAUCAUGUCAAGAGUCACUUACAGAAAUAUCGACUUGCAAAGUAUCUGCCAGAUUCAUCAUCUGAAGGGAAGAAAACCGAUAAGAAAGAAUCUGGAGAUGUGCUCUCUGGGUUGGACGGUUCACCGGGAACGCAGAUUACUGAAGCCCUCAAGUUGCAGAUGGAAGUUCAGAAACGAUUGCACGAGCAACUUGAAGUGCAAAGACAGCUGCAACUACGGAUAGAAGCACAAGGGAAGUACUUGAAGAAGAUAAUUGAAGAGCAACAGCGACUCAGUGGAGAACUUGGCGAAUCCUCAGCCCCAGUAACAGGCGAAUCAGAUCCUGCAACCCCUGCCCCAACAUCCGAGUUUCCCCUACAGGGUAAAUCUGGCAAAGAAUGUGAGCCAGACAAGAGCCUUUCAGUUGAAGAGUCUCAUUCAUCUUACCGGGAGGCAUUGACACCAGACUCGGGGUGCAACAUUGGGUCUCAAGAUGAGAGCGCAGGAGAAGAGAGAUCAUCAAAGAAGCCUAGAUUGAUGAGAGGUGGUGCAGCUGGUUAUACAUCUGAGAUGGUAGUUGCGCACCCAAUACUGGAGUCAGGCUUGAACUCUUCUUACCAUCAGUCAGACCAUGCUCUCGCUUUUGACGUUCCAUCGACAUCACUGCUAGGAGCUGAAAAUGGACUGGACAAUGUCUCAGGAGACGAUCUAUGAGUUGUGUGUAUCAGGUGGCAUCUGUAGUUGAGUGUAUUACAUGUAGUUUUGUUGUCUAUCCUUAUUCCUAUUUUAGUGAGGAGUUUACUCCUAGUAAGGUGGCCACAGCUCUCUUAUUAUAUACACUUGCCACUAGCAUGAACAAUGAAUAUAUAUGUCGUGUUGUGCUGUAAUUUGGUAAAAACACCAACAGAUUUACUUUCUUACAACACACUGAAAGUUUCUUCUGAAGCUUUUUAGAAGAAAAAAUAGUGUUCUUCAAGGAUAUUUUCAGAUUAAAAGAACAGGUAUAUUUCACUAAUAACAUCGGUCAUCGGUCGUGACUAUCCAAACAAAUGUAGUUUACGUAUCAUCUACAAUUUGGUUUAUCAUGUAAUGAAGAUCUCAUCAAAAAAAAAAAACAAAAAAAUAAA